ACAAUUAGAGAAGUUUGAAAGUUCAAAAGAGUUGCUUCUGUUUCCAUAGAGAGAAUUCUCUUUGUUAAAUUGAUUAAGGUAGUCAACUAAUGGCUGGUCCUUUUAUGAAAGUUUACUGUAAGGCCAAUCCUAGUUAUAAUCUUACCAUCAGACAUGGUAAGGUUAUUCUUGCUCCAUCUAAUCCUAAUGAUGAAUUUCAGCUUUGGUAUAAAGAUGAGACGUUCAGCUCAACUGUGAAAGAUGAAUCCGGUUUUCCCGGUUUUUCUCUGGUUAAUAAAGCUACUGGUGAAGCUAUUAAACAUGCCAUUGGAGCAACUCAUCCCGUCCAACUCGUACCCUACAAACCAGGCGUUCUGGAUGAGUCUUUAUUAUGGAGCGCGUCAAAUGAAGUCAGUGAUGGCUACAAAGCUAUGCGUAUGGUUAAUAACAUUAGCCUGAAUCUCGAUGCUUACAUUGGCAAUGGUAGCAUAACUGAUGGUACCACUGUUGGUGUAUGGGAAUGGAAUGGCGGAGACAACCAAAUAUGGAAGAUUGAACCAAAUACUGUGAAAAUUCACAGUAAGGCCGAUCCUAAUUAUAAUCUUACCAUAAGACAAGGUAAGGUUGUUCUUGCUCCAUCUGAUCCCUCUGAUGAAUUCCAGGUCUGGUAUAAAGAUGAGAAGUACGGCUCAAGUGUGAAAGAUGAUGAGGGUUUCCCCAGUUUUUCUCUGAUUAAUAAAGUCACUGAUGAAGCCAUCAAACAUGCCCUUGGAGCAUCUUUGCCUGUCCAACUGGCACCCUACCAAUCAGACGUUUUGGACGAGUCUGUAUUAUGGAGCGCGUCCAAUGAAGUCAGGGAUGGCUACAAAGCCAUACGUAUGGUUAAUAACACUCACCUGAAUCUCGAUGCUUUCAUCGGCAGUGGUAACAUUUAUAAUGGCAUCACUAUUGGUGUAUGGGAAUGGAAUGCCGGAGACAACCAAAUAUGGAUGAUUGUACCAAAUUGAUGGUUGUACCAUGGUGCCUGCGGUCAAAUAAUCCCUGCUUUGCGUUAUCUUCUUCCGGUGUUUUCAUUUCAUUAUGUCGGAUUAGCGUUGUGUUCUUCGGCUGUGUUUCAUUCCAGUUUGUAAUAAAAUGUAUGGCCGCGGUGAUUUAUGCAGGAUGUUUAUGUUUUGUCGCUCAAUAAACUUUUGGGAAUCUACCUUGGUAGUUAUAAUUGAUGUCAUACAGUUUAAUUGGCUCCAUCAGGCAUACGCCUGAUUUAGGCAAUGACCAUCUAUGAGCUAUGUUUUGUAUUGUAAUCCAGCCCAGUUAAAUCCCAACGGUAGUAAUUUCCAA